AUGUCAAAUUUUUUAAGACACUAUAUAGAAAAUUUCAAAAAUGACAACAACGUCCUUUUAUCUUUUGUGAUAUCACAGGAGGCGGCGCUCUGGGAGGUGCAAGCGUACAAGCGCGGUUUAUUUUUUGUCUUGCUUGUCAAUGAAGGGACGCGCGCGCAGGAUCUCAGUCCGGAUGCGCCCACCGUUCGCACGUAUAUCGCACGCCGCCUGGUGCGUUACUAUUUUGCUCGUCGCGACAAUAUGAACUACGACUCUACAGACCAUUUUCCUGUGUCCAUUAAACGUGAAGUCGAUACGGAGUAUCAUGAAAAUGAUUAUUACACAUACACACCUGUGGGAGUCGAACGAUAUUCAGAAGUACCAACUUUCGCGCCGUCUUCACCCAUGCAGCUGAUGGAUCUAAGCAACAGUUCCGAAAGACCCCCACAUCAACCAUGGAUUUCGAACUUAUCGUUCGAUGGCGACGAACGAGUAUACCCUCAGUCACAGUACCCCCCUUACGAUCAGUAUCAGAGACAGUGUCCUAGAAAUUUCUGUUUUGAAGACUCCAAUUCAAAGGAUGGCAUGAAAACACAUUACGAAAACAACGACAUACCAAAAUUAGGUAUUGGCUUACAUCGUUCAUCAACUGACGAGAACAUGACAGAAACAGAACAUCAAAGAAGAGCGAGGAAACGCACGAAAUCGUCGAAAAAGAAGUCUGCGAGCUACGAGGAGAUGCAGGUGCAGCGGGUGAUGGCGAAUGUCCGCGAACGACAGCGCACGCAGAGCCUAAACGAGGCUUUCGCGAGUCUGCGACAAAUCAUUCCAUCGCUGCCGAGCGACAAGCUGUCCAAGAUUCAGACGCUUCAACUGGCGACGCGCUACAUCGAGUUCCUGUACCAGAUUCUUUCAAGUGGCGAACAGGCCAGUGACAGUGGCAGCGAUACCGGCUCCGACCAUGGCAAGUACCUCGCACAAGACAAACUCAGCUACGCCUUCUCCGUAUGGAGAAUGGAAGGAGAAUGGACCAAUGGACAAACGUGAUGUAAGAACUGUACAAAUCUUUCGAAAUAUUCCAUUUUGUUAUAGUAAUUUAGUUACUAAAGUUAAGAGUCACGAUGUUGUUAUUCAAUUCUAACUAAAAGCAUGUGAUAGUUUAUUGAAAAUGUUAUGUUUCUGUUCUGUUUACCUUACAGGACAUCUAAAAUGCCUUGUUUGUGUAUAAGAGUUUAUUUAUCAUGAAACUUGAAAGUUCGAGUUAAAAUGGUUGUGCUACAUAAUG